AUUCGAAAAUCAAAAAAAAACACACACAGUGAUGGAUGAUGAAUUUUUUGGCCAUAAAUCAUCAUGAAUGAUCGGAUAAUCGAUUUGGCCAUCAAUUGAUCAAUUGAUUUCCUAUAUAUAUAUCCGUCAUCAUCAACAACAUUAUUGGAAAUUGAUUUUUGUCUACCUCUUUUUCUUUUAUCUCUGGUUAUCUUAUUUAUUUGUAGUGCUGGUUUUGUCAAAUUAUGAUAAUAAUCAAUGCACACCUGUACCAAUUUGUGGUUGUUGCUGUUGUUGUUGUUGUUGUGUGUGUGUGUUUGUGCAAACAACAACAAAAAGCUUAUUGAAAAAGCUAAAUAAGUGAAAUCAAAUCUAUCCAAAUUCGACUGCCUUUUUCUCAUCACCACCACCACCACCACCAUCAAUCAUUAUUGUUGUUCAAUGGAAUCAAAUAUAAUAGAUCGUGAAACAAUGAGUCGAGAAUCAUUGGAUGAGAAUAUUCCAACAUCCACAUCUAAUCAUCAUCAUCAUCAUCAUCAGACACGACCAUCAUCAAGUACAAGUAUUGUAUCAUCAUCAUCAUUUGGUGGUUGUGGUCCACAAUCUUUAACAUCAUCAUCAACAACAACAACAACGACAACAUGUUAUUAUAAUAAUUCUUUAGCCAUAAGACAAGAAAUACAACGUUUCGAAAGUGUUCAUCCAUCCAUUUAUGCUAUUUAUGAUCUUCUUGAAUUAAUUGGCGGUGCUGAUGGUCAACUAAUUGCACAACGUGUUCGUGAUCAUGUUGUUUGUAUUGAAGGCAAACGAAUUGGCAUUGGUUUUGGUUCAAUGUUCAGAUUGCCAUUAAUUUCACCGGUUACCACUACGACAUCAACGACUAAUUUCGAUUGCAUUCUUUAUUCAUUUGUCAAUAGCCAAGAAUGGACAUUGAGUCGUUCGGUUCCAGAUUUACGUAUCGGUGUUGUUGGCACUUAUUCUUCUGGAAAAUCUGCACUAGUCCAUAGAUAUCUUACUGGAUCAUAUUUACAGGAUGAAUCGCCUGAAGGUGGACGAUUUAAAAAAGAAGUAAUUAUCGAUGGUCAAAGUUAUCUACUAUUGAUACGUGAUGAAGGUGGUCCACCUGAAAUACAGCUAAGCUGCUGGGUCGAUGCCGUCAUUUUUGUAUUUAGCCUAGAGAAUGAAAACAGUUUUCAAGCCAUAAUGAAUUAUUAUACACGAAUGUUUCAUCUAAGAUCAAAUAAUGAUAUACCGAUUUUAUUGGUCGGUACUCAAGAUGCCAUCAGUGAUACGAAUCCUAGAGUUGUUGAUGAAUCCAGAGCAAGAAAAUUGGCUCAUGAAUUGAAACGUUGCGUCUAUUAUGAAGCAUGUGCCACGUAUGGUUCAAAUGUGGAUAAAAUAUUUCAAAAUGCUUGUCAUCGAAUCAUACAGAAUCGAAAUUCUGAAAACAUUAAUAGUCGCCCGACAACACCGGCCACUCAACAGACACCUGUUAUAAAUACGUUUGGAAAUAAAAAUUUUUCCACACCACAGCAAUCUUCAUAUCAAAAUAAAAUACAACCAUCCACGCAGACCGGAGCAAUAUCUCCACCGUUAACAUCGGUUAGUUUGAAUUUAGUGAAUGGAAAAUUUCAACCAUCUCAAUCAGAAUCAACAUCAGCGGAAACGAAUAAUAAUGACAGUAAUCUUGAUCAUAUUAAAUCAUCGAUUGCAUCGUCAAGUGUAUUGCAUAAUCUUGUGAUGAAAAAACCGGCCAUCAUUGGUGAGAAACCAAAGUUGACUGCAUUGUACAAUAGUAGUCAUUCGACGACGGCAGAAAAAACAACAAAACCUCAACCAAUCGUACCGAAACGCAAUAUAUCGCUUAAAUAUAAUAAUAAUAACGAUAAUGAAUUCAAGGUACCUGAUUCACCAACACCAACUAUGCCACCAUCACCAGCAACAUCGAUGCUUGAAGCACCAUUUAAAAAUCAACAAAUGGCCACUCAACAGACACCAAAUACAACUCGUAAAAAUCGACGAAAAUCUAAUCUUUUUACGCCGUUGUCGAACAAAACAAAAAAUGAUGAUAAAUAUAAAAAUGGAGAAGUUGGCAGUGGUCGUACUAUUCCGAUCAAACAAGGUUAUCUCUACAAAAAGAGCAAAAAAACAUUAAAUAAAGAUUGGAAAAAGAAAUAUGUCACAUUGACCACCGAUGGCUGUCUAACUUAUCAUCCAACAUUACAUGAUUAUAUGGACGAUGUUCAUGGCAAAAAUAUCCCCCUUAAACAUACAACGGUAAAGAUACCUGGACAAAAACCACGAUGUGGUGCUCGGCCAUCUUCAGCUAAUUCACCAGCCGCUUUAAAUAAUGUCGAUUCGAAUCAAAGUUAUGGUGAACGUCGAAUACCUAGCACUAAUCCAAAAUAUGAUCCCGGUAGUGGUAAAAAACGAAGCCGAAAAAUAAAAACUCCUGGAACAAAAAAUGGUGAUAUUGGUGAUGAUAAUUCGGAUGGCAAUGAAUUUGUCAUUGUAUCAUUGGACAAUAAACAAUGGCAUUUUAAUGCAAACAAUAAUGAUGAACGUGAAGAAUGGAUAACGGCUAUCGAACAACAAAUAUUGUCUAGUCUACAGAAUUCUGAAUAUGAUAAAUCUAAAUUGCAUAAUGUAAAUAGUGUUGAUGAUUCAGCUAUUCAUACGAUUCGUACCGUACCUGGUAAUAAAUAUUGUGUUGAUUGUGAAGCGCCAAAUCCAGAUUGGGCAUCACUAAAUCUUGGCUCACUCAUUUGUAUAGAAUGUUCGGGCAUACAUCGAAAUCUUGGCACACAUAUAUCUAAAGUUCGAUCACUUGGACUCGAUGUUUGGCCGUCUAGUCACGUCAGUGUUAUGUUAGGCUUAGGCAAUACAGCCGCAAAUGAAAUCUGGGAACACCAACUUAAUGGUAAAACAAAACCAACACCUACCUCGAGACAUGAAGAAAAAGAACGUUUUAUUCGAGCCAAAUACGAACGGCGUGAAUUUUUGGCACCUCUCGAAGAUCAGAAAACACCUAUUCAAACCCAACUUAUCAAUAGUGUCAUGAAAAUGGACAUGAAACAAUUGGUCCAUUUAUUGGCACAUGCAUCUUUUCAGAAUGUGAAUUUGUCACAAAUUCUAACGAAAGAUAAGAAAACUUUAUUACAUUUAGCGGCAAGCCGUGGAUGUUUGGAAAUAACACAGCUUCUUAUUUGGAAUAAUGUCAAUGAAAAAGCAAUGGACAAUGAAAGCAAAACGGCAUUGUUUUAUGCCAAAAUUGCCGGCCAUAAAGAAAUUGAAGAAUUAUUAAAUCAACAAAAUUCCAAUUCUAAUCAGCCUGAUAAUAAUAAUCAACCGACAACAUUAUCUGGUCAACAAAAUGCUAUGAUGAAUAACAUUAAUCAUCAAAAUAGUAACAAUAAUGAAAAUAUAGCAUUGAAUUUAAAUUAUAUUGAAAAUUUCAACAAACUGCCAGCCAGUAUUAUUUAA